UAAAGAUAAAUCUAUUCAAACUUAUCUACCGCAAAAAAAUCAUUAAAAUUUAGCUCAUUAGAAGCAAUUCUCUUUUCUAAUCAAACUAUUUUCUACUGUUCGGUAUAUUUCAGUAAAUGAAUGAGAAAAGUACAAAAAAAUAGGCUGACUACUUAACUAACUAUGGAACCAAUUAAACUAUUGAACCAAUCUUAUUCAACUUCAGUGGUGUUAGAACUUCUGAACUGUUUGAUUCUGAUCACGCUGCCGGCUAUCAAAAUUUACGACAAGAGUGCAACUCUGUUUCCAGUAUUUCAUCGUGGAUUUUUCUGCGACGAUCAGACUAUCAUGUACCCUUACAAGAAAUCGACUGUGCCGUAUUGGACUAUUGGAAUUUUGUACCCUGUUUUGUUUGUGCUGUGUAUGGGACCUCUUGUUAUGUUUCAAAUGCUAAGAGGCGUGUCUUCAAAAGAGUUGGACCGAACUGAAAAUUGCAAACAGGAUAGGAGUGCUCUCACAUGCAAAUCACAACAGAAACUGGACUUUAAACAGUUCUUUACCGAGUACUACUACAGCGUGACCAACUUCCUCUUCGGCUUCUUCGUCACCCGACUGGCGACUAGAGUGAUCAAAUGUGCUGCCGGCAGACUCAGACCCAACUUCUUUUCUCUCUGCAGACCGACUGCAUGUGCGGAGAACUACUUCAACAGAACAGAAGUGUACAAGUGGGCACAAUUCGUUACAGAUCCGAAGUGUGACUCGGACGACUUAGAUGCAAUUGAGGAAGGAAGACGAUCAUUUCCUUCUGGUCACACCAGUACUGUAGUGUACGUCUGUCUAUACACUCUAGUAAUCCUACACCAGACAUUCCGCCAGUCUAGAAUUGCCCACUCUUUUUUACUGCAUCUCAUACAAUGGGCGUUGGUUGUGUUCGCAGCGGCAGUUGGUGUUUCGAGGGUGUACGACAAUAAGCAUCAUGCUACAGAUGUGAUCGGAGGAGCUAUUUUGGGAGUAUUCUGUGUAUACUACUUCGCAGUCAUGUUGCCCGACAUAAGAUGCAGUCACAAUAGCAGGAAAAAUGGUGCAAGCUUUGAAGAUUGGGAUGGAAAGCCAACGAAGGAAAAUAUCGAAAUGCAAACGAUACCUGAAGAGAGCUCCUUGUUAGACAAAAAGACUGCUGAUGAUUGAAAUAGUUUGAAAAUUUAAUAUUUAUGUUUUGUUUUUGUCUAAUCAUAAAUCAUAUCAUAAGAACA